GCUAGCUCUGAGAGGGACUUCCAGCCCCAGAGCAUGGUUCCACGUGGACACCUCAUAAACAGAAGAAAUAAGAAACAGGAUGAGAAAUUGAUUAUGUUCGCCAAUCAGUGUGAAGAUCCUGAAAGGUGUGACAGUCUGGAGCUGGACAAUAAAAUCCGGGAUCUGAUUGAGAGAAAUUCUCCUCCUGAUCCAAAAGGGGUCACACCAAGUCACAGAACUUUCUCUUCCCCAAAGACACCUGGAAAUCCAGCUUCCAUGUCUGUCCAGGACACACCUGGAAUAAAGGGAGGAAGUCCUAUGGAGAAUGCAGAGUAUGCUCAAUCAUCAAGAAGAAAGAACUUGCCGAAGUCUCUAGAGCAUAAGAUACAGUGCUUGGAAAAACAGAGAAAAGAGCUCCUGGAAGUUAAUCAGCAGUGGGAUAAACAAUUUAGAAGUAUGAAAGAUCUUUAUGAGAGAAAGGUCGCAGAGCUGAGAGUGAAGCUGGCCGCUGCUGAGAAACUGCUGGGCACACUGGAGAAGGAGCGCCCCCAGAGUCAGCAAAAGGGGGGCCUGCAGGAGGACCCGCAGCAUGGCUUGCAGCCCUACCCAAGGCCGCAGGAAAAGGAAAAUGAGAGAGUAAAUGAAGAAUUACAAGAACUGAAGAAAGAGAACAAGCUUUUGAGGGAAAAAAACAUGUUGGUAAAUAAGACAAAGGAGCAUUACGAGAGUGAAAUUCAACGCCUCAACAAGGUUCUUCAGGAUGUCUUGAAAACCGAGAGUUCUUCACUUCCCUGGGAAUGUUCCAGGCUGGGCAAAGGGGAAUGCAACCACUCCGAGUUGAGGAUAGAAAUGGAAGUCCUCAGGCAGCAGGUACAAAUAUAUGAAGAAGACUUCAGAAAGGAGCGAUCAGAUCGAGAAAGACUUAAUCAAGAGAAAGAAGAACUCCAGCAAAUUAAUCAAACGUCUCAAUCCUUAUUGAACAGGCUGAAUUCUCAGAUAAAAGCUUGUCAGAUGGAGAAAGAAAAACUAGAAAAACAACUAAAGCAGAGGCAUUUCUGUAAGUGUGGUGUGGUUUCCUAUCUGAUGGAUUCUUGGGGACCAACAGACUCAGGGGCUACUCGAGAUCCAUGCAAGCACCCCACUGCCAGCGGUGCGCUCCUGAACGCCUUCUGCCAGAUGUUCCACACCAGACCGAGGCUUCUCAGAAAAGGAAGUCCAUCAGUAGAAACUUCCUCCAGUAGAGGACAGGCGAUGAAGGCUUGUUGCAAGGCCUCCAGUAGGAUUGCAGCUGUGGCUUGUUUCUGCCAGGACUGCGCAUCUUCUACUGGAUUACCUAUGUUUGACUCCCUUUCAGCAGAGAAGGCCACUGGAACUGAGAUCCUGAUUGGUCAGAGGAGCCCCAUUACAGUCCAAUCAGAUACAAUUUCCUGUUCCAUUAAUAUGAAGCUUGACGCCUCUCCUUGAAGCUCUCUCCAGCCUGUCACUCUUGGAUUUGUAAAGUUCUCAGUCUCUACAAUCAGCUACAGCCAGGUUCUGAUUGUACUUGGUAUGAACUUGAAAGAACCUGGUUUUACAACUGAAAAAGGACAAGAAAACGAUCUUUUACGAGUCUGAUAUAAAGCAAAGUACAUAUCAAAUGUUUGACACUCUAUGUUUAUGACUGUAAGCUCCCUUCUGCUUACUGCUA